AUGGUCCAGUUUAACCUGACAUUGAUGGGGCUGUGCCUGGCCGGCUUUCUUUUGUCGAGCUACGCCUACUCGGUCGAGGUGCAUGUGGAGCGGGCGAAGCAGCUUGGCGUCCCGUACCGUGCCUACUGCGAUAUCGGGCCUUUCUCAUGCACGGAGGUCUUCUCCUCUGAGUUCAGCUCCACCACCCACCUAUUUGGCCUUCCAAAGGUCCCCAACGCGCUCGUCGCGAUGAUCUACUAUAUGGUAGAGAUGCUCUGUUGCUGGCAUCCGACACUGAUCUUGAUCAUCAGCGCGCCGGGCAUCCUGGUCACGGUGUGCUUCGCCUUUAUUCUCACCGUAAUCCUGCAUGACCUGUGCAUAGUGUGCUGCUUGACUUAUGUGGUGAACGUGACAACAGUGUACGUGGCGUACCGAUGGUGGAGGCAAACUGCGGCACGCAAUGUGGCAGCAGCAUUUUCGUCAUCGACGAAGUCGAAGAAACACGCGUGA